UGUCGGCCGACUCCAUCGAGGAAGCUGUCACUGCACUCCUUUCGUGGAGCCCCCACGAUGCCACGAUGCUGCAGCCCUCACGCUUGUGGCUGCAUACCAAAAUCGUUCGCACAGUUCGACAGUUCGACAAACUUUGAGUUUUGACCAUGAGCAAGCGGCCAGCCAAACGCACCAGGCACGAAGAGCCUGACAUUAACCAAGUGGCCGUUGCUCUGGCCCACAUGGCUGUCACCGAACAGACGGAAGUAGAGGCUUUGCGGGCAGAGAUCGAGCAGUGCAAGGCGGAGGCGGCAAAAUGUAAGGAAGAGGCGACAACAUACAAGGAAGAGUUAGAAUGGACCAAGGAGACCCUGACGGUCAUUGAUCGGGCGAUUGAAGAUAAUGAAGUGGCUGGCCAUUUUAGACGCAUCAACCAAUGGCAGAAAGACUACACGGAUGCGUACUCGGCUGACAGAGACAACUGGCAGAUCCUGUUCGCUUGCAUGAAGGAGGAGCAAGGAGAUCCUGGCUGCCUUCAGGUUACCUCCCAUUUGCGUUGGCAGAGAUAG